AGUCCGAAUCUGUUACAGGUUAUAAGUCUGAGAUCAUCACGCCAAUUGCUUACAUCAAAAACUUUUCAACCUACGCGCGACGUUGAACUUUUCUGAUCAUAGUGCUGGCUCGAGCUCCAGAUAUGCUUGCUUUGCAGUGAACAUAGUGAUGCCUGUGGCUCUCUGAAAUCCGCCUUCACCUAGUUUCACGCACAUUGCAAUAGCGCCGUCGCCCUUUCGACCCAACCGAGACAUUCAAUAGCUCCAAACAUGGCUGCACCGGCACGCACGAAGCCUUCGCCGAUUCACACCCAACGCUUCUCUGCGCUUCAGCCCGCCACACCGUCCGCAUUCUCAGCACACAAAUGUCCUUGCAAGCGGUUGCGUUCGCCUGAAUGCAACUGUCCCCACGAUAAAGGUUGCGCGCUUCGCUCCGUUCGCCCUACGCCGACGACAUCGUCGACCGUCAAAUCCCCCUUCGGCUGGGGCAAAUACACAUCGAUCUCGACAAGCACAGCUGCGUCUCCCGCAUAUCGGCAAGCAUCUCCAGGUCUUGUAGAUGCCCACAGCACACUUCAGGCUCCCUCGAAAAGGCCCUCAGCGUACGAGUUCGGAUAUGAUGGAUCCAUGUCGCUCUAUCCCAUUGCCCCAUUGCUGAUCCCGAAGCCAAUGAGGCGGACAGACACCAUCAGCGUCAGCGUCAUCAAGGAUCUUCCGAGGGAUGUGACAAGGACAUUCAACGGAAGGGUCGUGCGCAGGAAGAAGCGUCCGAAGAACAUCACAGUGUAUGAGAUCCAUCCCUACGCAAAACCCGUGGUGUUGCUGACUUUCCUGUAGUCCUCAGGUGAAUGAAAUCAACGAUAUUAGGCAGUAUGUUUGCGAUAUGGAAUGCAACUGCCGCUGCUGGACUUCGAGCAGCCCAAUUGCCACGAGGCACUCGCCAAUGUUCGAUCGAGACGUUAUUAGAUGAAGGAUCCAGAGUGAGGCGAAGCUGAGACUGAUUGAUUCGGUAUAAAUCAAGAGACAUGGGAUGAACUU